AUGUCAAUGAAUUCAGAGGCAGAUGUUUCAUCAUUGGCAAGUAGUAUUGAGUUAAAGGAUUCAUUUAUAAAUACAAAAUGGUUUCGACCGGGUGAAAGUCAUUCAGUGAUGCCUACCGGAAAUAAAUGGCACAAACGAGCAAAAGAAACAGAAGUUAUUAACUUUCAAGAUUACAUAGUUUCGCAUCGUCCAUUUUACAUGCGUUGGUACGAAUCAUAUAAAAUUCGUGCUUUAAAUCAAAGACUUGAACAGUACAAAAUAGACGAAAUACGUAAUUUCAUAGAACAAAAAAUUCGCAAAAUAAUGGAUGUGGUAAGGGAACAGGAAACCAAAUUACACUUAAUUUCUUCGGUUGUCCUAAAACCGGAUCGGAUGAAAAGUGAUCCUGAUGAGUUGACACGUAAAUAUGGGACAAACUUGAUUCGGUGGCUGGAUAAUGUUGCAACUGAACUGAGCCAGCCGUCGUCGAAAAUAAUCGAAGAGCUAAUGCGUGAUUUCAUGUGCUUCAAAGCGGUUGACCCAUUGUCAUAUUGGACUGAACAAAAUAAUGAAUUUUACUGCCAGAUGCUUGAAAGGAUAAACAGUUUCGCUUCUGCAAUGGGUGAUAUGGUUAAAUAUUCAUUUAUUAUUGAGCCGGGCACAGUAACACCUCAUCUCUCGGAAUAUGUUGCCGAAUUCCAGCAAUUAGAAACAUUCUUUGAGCGUAAUCCGUUAUCUUUGGAAGAAGCAAAACACAUUGCUUUUAGUCGAAAUCUUGAUAAGACAAGAAAUAAGUAUGACAUUUUGGAGCCUAACAAUGGGACGAAUCAAACCAAUGAUAACAGCGAUGAUUUCAUUCAUGCAUCAUACGUACGUGGUGGUCCACUGUUGAACACGUUUAUUCUAACACAAGCACCACUUCCAUCAACAAUCAAUGAUUUCUGGCAAAUGGUCUGGCAGGAACGCCCGAAAUACAUUAUUAUGUUAUGUAAAGCUGUUGAUAUCAAACAUUUAGGUCUAUUAGAUGGAGUGCUGCCUAACACGUGCGUAUAUUAUUGGCCAAGAUAUGAACAUGAUAAAGCACGAUAUGGUGAUUAUAUUGUUUGCAAUCAUAAAAUCGAUUGUACCACUGAUCCACUUUUCAAUGUCACCCAUUUAACAAUCCAUCGAACUGAUGAUAAAGAAGGAUUUAUGCAUAAAUUAGAACAUUGGCAAUAUGACUGGAAUGAUUUCACCGAUUUUGAUUGGCCAUUGCGGAUACUUCGUCGAACACGCUUAUCGCCAACGGCAACAAUUAUACAUUGUUUGGAUGGUUGCGGUCGUUCUGGUACUUUAGUCACUAUAGAAGUGUUACUAAUGCAUUUACUUAGAGGAUCGGCUCGAUAUAAUAGGUUGGUACUUACGACAGCAGUAUUUGUUCGACUUCAACGACGUCAUGCAAUUUCAUCACCGUUACAAUAUCUGUUUAUCUAUCGUACAUUGCUUCAUUGGAUGCAACCAUUUAUUACUUCGAAUAUUACGCGUUUCAUACUUGGAUUGAUUUUUCCUGAUUGGGGCUUUGUUGGUAAAUAUCAGAAAAUGAUCAGUCGUCGUUAUAGAUUUGAAUGA